GAACUGGCCGACAGCGCCCCCUUGUUUGUGUGUAGAGAAGCUUCGGGAGGUUUGACUCCGCGGCUAACGAUAGCAACGUACACAAAUACGGGAAUAAUCCACCUCGGGGCUGCGCUGACUCUCCAGGACUCUACCGAAAGCUGCAGGAGGACAUAAUUUCCGCUAAACCCUCCGUUUCCCGCCACGAUCCCGCCGAGGCGAGCACCGACAGCGACACACUCCCGCUAAUCCCGUGAAGAGGGGGAGCGGCCUGCUUUUGUAGCCGGCUUCCCGGUGCAGCUCAGACGGCUAGCCCUGUCACCAGAGCCCGGUGCUUCCGCUGGAUGAAUUUUCCACACCGCGCCAGGACCGUGGGAGCUUCGAAAUUGUUUUUAUUUUAAUAACCGCGGCUCCCCUUUUACACAUUCCCACCCUCGUCGAGCCGCUGCUGUCGGCGGUUCUCGCCGUAGAGGAGCCUCCAGAGCCGGGGCGGCCUGUUUUGUUUUCGAGCCGCCAUGAAUCUCUGCGAACAAUAACAACCAUAACGAGCCUGCUGGGGCUGCACCGCUGCCCGGACAGGAGCCCCAGUGCGUGAUAAUUAAUGCAUCGUGUGAGAGCAGCUCCGGACCGACGUGAAGAACCGGAGACGAGCAUGCAUGCGGACUAUGGAUUUAUCUCGGGAAAACUGCUGCAAACCGGAGCACUUUGUCACGAAAGCCCCCGUUUGAAUUCGGGAGCUGCCGCCAGUUAGCCAGCUGUGAGUCCCGUUAAAAAAGCGGAGAAAGAGCGAUGCUUUGUCUCAUCGGAACCCCCGCAUGGUGUGAACCGAGCCGGAUGAAGACCCGUUUCUGCGCCCCUCGGUGCCUGUGAAUGCGGGUAGCAGCGUCGGAUCAAAGCUCAAGCGCCUUCAGAGCCGGGACGCCGCACGGAGGAUGGACUGGAUGUGACCGGGGAUGAGUAGCCGCGAUCGCUCCGUGAGCAUGCGGGAUUCACCGAUCUGAAGCGUCCAUCUAUGCCCCCGUCAGAGCCGCCGGACUCCCGGGAUAGAAACUGUCAUUUAACCCCACGCAGCGCGGGAGUUCGCGGGCGCGUUUUGCGUUUUAGACGUGUGACUUUUGGUGUUAUUCGUACAUAAUUAAACGGACCGGAACCGGACUGGAUCCACCGGGCCCAGGCAGCUGAGAUGAACCCGGUGAAUGCGACCUCUCUCUACGUGUCCGCGAGUCGUUCGGUGCUGCAGUGCGACCCCCGAGACCCCCGGGCCCUGGCGGAGCUCUGCAAGCUGCUGCCGUUCUUCCGCCAGUCCCUGUCCUGCCUGGUCUGCGGUAACCUGCUGCAGGACCCCAUCGCUCCCACCAACUCGUCAUGUCAGCAUUACGUCUGUCGAGGCUGUAAGGGUCAGAGGAUGCAGCUGAAGCCGUCCUGCAGCUGGUGUAAGGACUACUCCUGCUUCGAGGAGAACCGGCAGCUCUCUCUGCUCGUCCACUGCUACAGGAAGCUCUGCCUCUACAUCACCCAGUCGCCGCUCGCCCCGCACAUAGCCAGCGCCGCCAGCGACUCGCCGGACCUCCAGGCGAUCCUCAACGAGGGCCUGACGCUGGCUGAGAGCGAGCCGGAGACAGAAGACUUUUCGGACUCUUUGACACAGACAGCGUCCACGUCGGAGGCGGCGCAGCCCGACGAAGCUUCGCCCACUAAGGAGCUGAAGGGCGAGGAGCCGAGUCUUGUGAGCAUCAACGGACUGCACGGCUGCAAUGGCCUGGUCGGCGCGGACACGCUGCAGCCCGUCACCGUAGAAACAGGCGGUGGCGGCGCCAAGCAGGAGAGCUUCUCGGAGGAGAUCCCGGUGUGCGUGAGCGUCACGGGCACCGGGGAGGCGGGGCUUUGUGACAUCAGCACUUUCGGGGAGGAGCUGAAACACGGUGGGGGACCUCUGCUGCUGAGCGUGGAGGAGGUGCUCAGGACUCUGGAGACGGACACGGACCCCGACCCUCCGCCUGAACCCACCACCCACCCAGACCGCCUCCCCUCCGUACCUCAGUCCAGCCUCAACGGGCCCCACUGCCCCUCUGGACCCGACUCCUCCCGCCUCAUUCCCUCCCUCCCCCCAGAGAACAGCCCUCGCCCCCUGCAGCCUCACCCGCAGCCCUCCAUGCAGCCUCCCCCUCAGCCCUCCACCGUCGUCCCCCGUGUCCCCCUCCGCUGCCACCGCAAACGCUCCCGCUCAGAGAGCGACAGCGAGAAGGUGCAGCCCCUCCCCAUUUCCAGCCUCCUCCGGGGGCCCCCCAUCGGUGCCAACAGCUCCCCCCACCACCCCAACCCCGGUGUCACCACCAGGCAGGAGCCCAAGUUCCCCGCGGCCACGCCUCACCCCCACCUGGCCCCGGUGCCCAACGGCGGCCCCCCCAAAGUGGGCAAGACUAUGCUGGUCUCCAACAAGGCGCUUAAAAAGACUGUGGAGCACCAUGGGGCCGCCAAGAAGGCCUACACCAAGGCCAGGCAGGGGGCCCCCAAACCCCGGGCUCAACCACGAGACCGAGUCCCCCCACACCCCCACGCUCACCCCCUGACUCACCCACCCAGCCCCUCGAAACCGCUGUACAAGAAGCCUGUGGAGAAGAAGGGCUGCAAGUGUGGCCGGGCGACUCAGAACCCGUCGGUGUUGACCUGUAGGGGGCAGCGCUGCCCCUGUUACUCCAACCGUAAGGCUUGUCUGGACUGUAUCUGCCGCGGAUGCCAGAACUCCUACAUGGCCAACGGGGAGAAGAAGCUGGAGGCGUUCGCCGUGCCGGAGAAGGCCCUGGAGCAGACGCGGCUCACGCUGGGCAUCAACCUCACCAGUAUCACCGCGGCGGCGCUCCGCAGCCCGGCGACCAGCUCCCCCGGCAAUGCCCUCCUCAACGUCACCACGGCGACGGGGACUCCGGUCACGGCCACCUUCCUGUCGGGGGCGGGGCACGACAACCGGGGCUUCGACGACUCGCUGGAGAUGCGGUUCGACUGCUGAGGCGCCGCCAUCUCCGGCCGGUCGUCACGCACAUUCCCCGCCCCUGACCGCCGGGUCGAGCCAGAACAAGGCAGCUACAGUGACGGGCGGCAGCGAGGGUCGCCAGCCGAAGCCGAGGAGUCUCCCUCCGUCCAACGCCCGAAACUGCACCAGUGCUUUUGGUCUUGCAUACAGAAGAAGAGGAAGGAGGAGAUGUAGCGUUACUGUAUGUGCAGAGAUUUCAUUUCAGCGGGGAGAGAAUUUUUUGGGUGUAGAGCAUGAUGUGUAGCUGAAGUCGGGAGUGUGUGUGAGUGUGUGUGAGUGCAGUCAAGCCUGAAAUUAUUCAUACCUCUAGCAAAUUUUGACUUGAAGUUACUUUUAUUCAACCAGCAAGUUUGUUUUUGAUUGGAAAUGACACGUUUCCCAAAAAAUAAGACGACGUACAAGAGGCAUUGUGGGGGGAAAAAAAAUGUUCUCAGCUUUUAUUUCCAUUUAAAAGUAACUGUCAAAAUGUGUUAGGGGUAUGAAUAAUUUCGGGCUUGACUGUAUGAGGGCAAGGAUCCGGUUUGGAGAUUAUUAGCAGGAACGGAGACAUCAUCAUCAUCAGAGACUGGUGUAAUUUAUAUAAAAGAAAGAACUUUUUGUACAUGGACUUAUCAGUUUCCAUUUAAGAAGACGUUUUAUGAUAUAUUUUAUAAGUUACAUUAAAAACCAAUGGAAGCCGGCGCGAGGGGUCGACUCUGCAUUCAACCAGAAUAUUUUCACACCGGUAGAAAGACGGACAUUGCAUUUUUUUUUUGUAAACUCCAGGAAAUAAAUUAUAUCAACUGUUAAAAAGCAAAUCAGUUAAAAUAUCUGAUACCAGGAUGUGAAUUUAACACCACCAGCCGAGUUUUGAUGAUGAAUGUUUUUACUCUGUGAGCCACUUUUAAAACCACCAAAUAUCAAAUCGUUAAAAGAAGAAAAGACUAACCUUCCUCCUCUGGUUUGCUGUUCGUCACGUCCAGGUAUCUCUGUUCAUCGUUUGCGUGUUCUCGUAUUAAAGCACUUUUUUUCUUUCCCCGCGGAUGGGUUCUUACUCGUGUUGAAAGCUCUGGUUGACUGCAGGCCCUGCGCUGUUUUUCACGUGUUUUUUUUUUUUUGGUUUCUGGAAGCUACACACAUGCUGCUAAAUACUACAAAGGACUCAAAGGAGAGCACACCUGUUUUCCUCGUCUUUUGUGUUUUUGUUUUUAAUAAUUUUGCGUUAACAAACAUUUGCAGUAUUUAUUGGACGUCUCCUAACACAGGUUACAUGUUGGGCCGCGUUUUUUUUUUCCGCCCGUUUUCUGCCCGUCGAGUCUGUCGAUCCGGUCUGGACUGUUUCUGUCUCGGUUCAGUUGCUGUCUUCUUCUUAGUGUUAGUUUCUGGUGUCUCCAAACUGUUUUGUUGGUUUUUUUUUUGUUUUUUUUUUGUUCUCCCUCUGGGCAUUUAAAUACCUGUAAUAUAACUGUAACAUAUUUCCACAAAAAAGAAAGAAAAUCAAAAACUUA